AUGCAGUUUUAUGCAUUCUUGGGUCUCUGCAAAGUUGAGAACGAUCGACUAUGUGUAGAGUUUAAAGUUAACAGAAUUGGUGGGAAAGGGGCUGUCAAAGAUCAGAAACAACCCAUACAAGGAGAUGAGCCAUUGUGUGAAGACGAAGAGGGUGAUCGAUUCGAUUACUGUGAUGAUUCUGAUGGAGCAACAUCUGAUGAUGAAAACUUUACUACAUACGGGAUUCCACCAGACCAUGUAGAAGAGGUCCAGGGAUCUUCUACAAAUAUGAUUUCUGCAAGAUGGGACAGAGUCACUCCAACAGCUGAUUCCCUCAACUCAGACACAACAUCAUCCCCGACAGCUUCUAGCACCUAUAUAGGGGAUGUAUUUAAUCCCAAUUAUUAUGUGCCUUUUAGUGUUGACAAAUGGAAUACAAGUAAACUGCAGAGGAAUGCACUUAGUGUCACUGAAGCUCCUACUGGAAACGAAGAUGACGAUGAUCUUGAUCUCGAAAACACAGUGAGGAAUGGUUCUAAUUAUAUGACAUCUGAGGACACACUGAAGCCUCAUAAGUCGAAGCUAAGAGGGCAGAGAUCAUCUCGGUCAUCUCACAAGACCCUGAGUAGGUCUCUAUCAUCUGACUCCCAAUCAAAAAGCUCUGCUUUUACUCCCCCUCAGAACAUGAAGGUUGAUCUUAGCAAACUGAAAAUGCCUGCGUUACUGAAAUAUUGGCAACAUUUCAACCUGGUGGAUGCAAUUCCAAAUCCAUCAAAGGAGAAACUAAUUGACAUUGUUCAGAGACACUUUAUGUCUCAGCAAAUGGAUGAGCUUCAAGUUAUUAUGGGGUUUGUGACGUUUGUCCAAGCAGCAAAGAGAAUGAAGAGAGCCUGCAAGUUGCAAUCCAAAGAAGCCAGAAACACCGAUCUUAACUGCAUCAGCUAAAAGAAACAAGCCCUGACUUUUAUAACAGAUCCUGUAAGUACA